AUGUUCCGAGAACUUGCGCCGGGUACGCCCCUUCCACCCCAGCCGGUCAUAACCCGGUGGGGGACGUGGGUCGCUGCCGCACUCUACUACGCUGAGCACCUGGAUACGUUCGCGAACGUGGUUGAUUCGUUUGAUCGUAAGCAGGCCGCAAGCAUCCUAAUUGUUCAGGAUUUGUUGCGGUCGCCGAACCUGAGAGAAAACCUUUCUUACAUCCAUGCGCACUUGGACUUUUUGCCAAGCAGCAUCACGAAUCUCGAAGCGAGCUCCUGCCCGCUCGUUGAUAGCAUCGCUCAUUUCUACAAAACCAUCGAUGAGCUCAAGGGGAUGCCGGGCUCGAUUGGAGAGCGAAUUCGCAACAAAUGUGAGUUCGUGCUUUCGCGUAAUACGGGAAUGGCCGAGUUGAAGGUCAUCGCCGACGUUCUGGGUGGGGUCUCUGCUGACGGUAACGUAGUUCUCAGCCCAUCAGACGUGGCUUGUUUCAAGUACGCACCGAUUACGUCUGUAGACGUAGAACGAAGCUUCUCUCUCCUCAAAAAUCUCCUCACAGAUCGUCGACAGAGCCUGACUUUCGAGAGUUUGAAGAUGCACUUGAUUAUUUUGUGCAAUCAAUGA